CGACGCCUCCAUGAAGGUGCAGAAACUACCUAGAACUAGUGUAGUCGCAAAAAUAUCAACACCUCAAUAGGUAACCACCAACUUUUGCCUGCAAGGAGUCACCCAUCAGGCACGUGCUGAGUAAAGUAGCACACGCCUCCAUUCUCUCAACGACCGACGUGCUCUUCCCCUUUUCCAUUCACCGGCAUUUUUCCAGCAAUCCGAUCUGCAGCGCGUGCGCCAGAAGCACCAAGGGUUUUUCCAUUGCGACGCGAAUCAUCGAUAGGUUAUCUUCAGCGCUGCCGGCCGCGCACCUGCAGUACUUAGUGACCGCAACCGAACUUGACACGCCCCGGUGCCAUUUCAACAAACUUGAACAAACCCACCACCUACAACAUCCAAACAACAACAACCAUCACGGCAACUUCACAAUGGGCAAGCGCAAAAAGUCGUCAAGAAAGCCGCAGGGCCCCAGGAGGAACGACCCCCUUCCCACUGUCUUCACAUGCCUGUUCUGCAACCACGAACGAUCCGUCAUCGUCAAGCUCGACAAGAAGGCCGGCGUUGGCUACCUCGACUGCAAAAUCUGCGGCCAAAAGUUCCAAUGCCCUGUAAACUACCUCGAUGCUGCGGUAGAUGUCUAUAGUGCUUGGGUAGACGCUGCAGACGCUGUUGCCCAAGAAGCCGAGGCAAGCGCAAAAGCAGCAUCUUACUCGAACAGCCGGUCGACGGGUGGGCGGCCAGCGGCGUCAAGCCGGAGAGCUGCCGAUAUCGACGAAGAUGAUGAGGAUGACGAUAGAGGCUAUGGCGGAUCCGGUGUUGAGGUUGAUGACGAUGACUACGACUAAAAGACAUCGGCGAUUCGACGUUGCGUUACGUCCGCGUAGCCGGCUGGCUGUUUCUUUUUCUUUUCUGUCCAAUAUCUCAUGGGGUCAUGGUUGACUGAGCGAAAGGUUUAUUAAGGGUCAUUAUCAUCAUCAACACGAUAGGCGAAGCCGAGCCGAAUCUCGAUGCCAGUUUUAUUUCGACGAACGAAGCCGCACGAACUCGUUUUGUUGAAUUUUUCCAGAGUGGGUAUUCCAUUACUACGCUUGGCAUCAAAAAGUCCUCUCAGAUAACGCCAUUUCCCAAAGUCGAUCCCCACCGCCAGGAAGUCAUCACAAUCAACGAUCUACCUACGCCCCUUCACACUUUACAUGGAGUAAUAGCGAUCGCCGAAGUCACCGAGACCAGGGAUAAUGUAACUAUAGCAAUUAGAGUCAGUCUCAAAUCUCAUCAUCUUCUCAGCGACCAACAUGAGGCGGAACGGAACGGAAAACACACUUCUUGUCAUCGAGGCCUUGGUCGACAAAAGCAGUUACCGUCCGGAGCUUGGGGAACUUGGAAGCAAAGUUGCUGAUGCCCUCGGGACUAGCCAAAAUGUUGAGGAAGAUAAUCCGCUCUUCUGGAACUCCCCUGGACUUCAACACCUCGACGGCCAUAAUGGCAGAUCCGCCUGCACAGAAAGCACAUGUUAGCCGUGGAAACCCCAGCCACAAGGCGCACUUGGUUCUCCCCCAGAUCCUAGACUUACCAGUGGCGAACAUUGGAUCGAGGAGAAGGACCCAGCGGUCGGCAAUGUCCUCGGGAAGCUUAUCGUAGAAGAGCUUGGGCUGCGCAGUCUCCUCGUCUCUCUGAAUAAGGAUCUUGCCGAUUCUAACGGAGCGGCAGCAGUCUCUCAGACCCUGCUCCAUGGCCUCUCCGGCGCGCAUGAUGGAGACACCGCAGAUCUUGCCCUGAAACGCCAAACCAUCGUAUAUGCGGCCGACGGGGGUGGUAACGGGGUGCUCGACGGUGGGGAGGUGGUUGAGGCCCUCCUCGACGAGGAGACGGAUGAUUCUGUUGGAGUAGAAGAUGAAGUCGCCGCGGUCGGUCCGCUUGUCACGGAUAAUGCUGUAUUGUAACCACCGAGGUCAGCGUCUGGCGGACAGCAGUCUGGAAGGCAACUCGAGGCAAGCAAACGCACCUGAGGAGAGCGAUGAGCUGGGGAGUUUGAGAGAGAACGGUGACGUUGUCGAAGUUGACGGCGGUCGAGACGGUGGCGGUGGGCUUCUGCUCCUCGGCGCGGUAAUCGGGGCCCACGCACUUGGUGGGCGCGAUCUCGGAGGCGGUAGACAUGUUGACUUGGUUGGGUGAGGUAGGUAUAGGAGGAUGGACUAAGUGCCGAAGUCGUGAGAACGGAUACUCUGCGAAUCGUUUCGUGUAGGUGAUGUGUGGUCAAUGUAAAGAAAGAUAGUGUCUCGCGCAAGUGUUCGUGGAGGAGGGGGGGCGGAUCAGAUGCUUCUUAAAAGAGGAUCCUGGGGCAAAGGUAACAGCCUAUCUGUAAGCCAGGAGCAGACAUAUGACAAACAGAUUGAAUAUGAGGGUUCGUGAUUGGGAUUGAGCGCGACCAAAUGGGAAGACGAGGCGG